ACGUUGUACCCCUCAGUGUGGCCCCAGGGAAGAGAAAGAAGGCGAGGACGGCUCCGAAGAAGAAGCAGGCUGCCGUCGACGCUGGCCAGCCAAUGGGACUGCCCGAGGGCUAUUCUUUCCUGAAUACGACCGCCUUGGAGGUAAAAAAUAAAGCUACCCGAGGGGAGAUGAUGGCGUUACAAUUUUUGGUUGGGCCUUCGGCGCAAGUGGUAGAGCCAAAGCCGAAUGAUGUGCUCCUUCGUGCCCCCGAGGGCUGUUUUGCCGUACAUCUGCUUUCGGUGGAGCUGGGUCUCAGAUUUCCCCUUCAUCCCUUCGUGUUGGAAUAUCUACGCUUCGUCAAGCUAGCCCCCUGCCAGUUGACCCCGAACAGUCACUCAUAUCUGGCAGGGUUCCUAUCGCUGUGCCUCAGCCGAAGGGUCCCCCCUACUCUGGAGCAAUUCUUUCUGUCGUUCAACUUGUGUCGGGGGGGUCAUUCGAAUGCCGGGGGCUAUGGUAAUUUGCAGCAGCUCCCGAUGUUCAAGAUUUUUGAUGAGGUGCCUUCGUCUCACAAGGGGUGGAAAGACAAGUUCUGCUAUAUUCGUCUGGCCGAGAACCCUUUCUCUGCUCCGCUUGGUGAUAGGUUUCGGCGGCACCUGAAGGCAGAGGGGUAUGCCCUCGAGAAAAAUGGGCGGGUGUUGUCCAAGAAGCCGGAGGGGUCCGAUAAGCACGUGUCCAUCAAAGGUGCAACGCUCUCCAGUGAGUUGUACAAGCUCGGCUUCCGUCAGUACCGGCUGAUGGGGGAGAAGAAGGAAGGCUACCCCACGAUUGACCGCGUAUAUGAGAGUGCCGAAGGACCAGAUAUGGACGCCCGGAACCUUGUCAAGCUGAAGAGACAACUUGCCAGGGAAGAGCAGAAGAAGGAGGCCCCGCACAGCAGAGGGCGGUCGAUGAGAUAUUCCCUAAGGCGGGAGCGGCCGAAGAGGUCAAGGAGGUAGGGCCCGUCGCGGAGGCCGCCGUCGGGGGCUCCCCCGGUCUGGAGCUGAAGAGGAAAAGGCUUGGGAAGGACCCGGCACAACCGGAG